ACACUUCAACCUAUUCCCGCUCGCUGAAGAGAGUAUUUUCUAUUUAGUAGAGCCCGCCAAAAAGAGGCAGCGUCAACCGAGAAAGCAAAACUGCGAUUCUUCUCUCUCUAUUCCUUCAUCCUUGAAUUGAAAAUGAGUACCAUGAAAUUUUGUCGCCGAUGCAACAACGUUCUGUAUCCUAAGGAGGACAAGGAGCAAAAGCUUCUUCUCUACGCUUGCCGCAACUGCAAUCACGAGGAGAUUGCAGAUAAUAACAUUGUCUAUAGAAAUAAGAUACAUCAUUCUGUUCAACGGCGCACUCGUGAGCUGGAAAAUGUUGCUGCAGAUCCAACACUUCCCCGCACCAAGUCUGUUCGCUGCUCUCAAUGCAAUCAUGGAGAAGCUGUCUUUUUCCAGGCACCGGUCAAAGGGGAAGAAGGCAUGGCCCUCAUUUUUGUUUGCUGCAACCCCUCUUGUGGCAACCGUUGGAGAGACUAGGAUUCUUCUUACCUUGCUCAAGCCAAGGUUCAACACGGGAAUUCAGCAUAUCAAAUUAUUUUCUCUUGAUAGGAGAAACUUUAUUUGUUAUAUUAAACUUGCCAAAUGUUACGACGUUCACAACUGAACUAAGUAUUUCAUACCUUGCUCAAGCCAAGGUUCACCAUAGGGGAAUUCGGCAUAUCAAAUUCUCCACUCUUGGAUAGAAGAAACUUUUAUUUGUUAUAUAACAGCUAAUGUGAGGACGUUUAUAGUUAUUUGUGCUCCCUGUUUAAACUCCCUAAUCAAUUAU